CAAAAUGGAGGAGAAAGGCCCUCUUCAUCGCCGUCUUCUUCUUCUUCCCGUAGAACCCAAGCCCAUUAGUAGCAGAGAGAGAGAGAGAGAGAGAGAGAGAGGUCUCGCUCUUGCAUAGUACUCCCUUCGAAAACCAAUCCUGUGAGGAAAGAAAAAAAAAAAAAAAAAAACACAGAGAGAGAUACAAAAUUCUCAAAAAAUUUUAAAAGAGAAAGGACCUUUUGGUGCGAACACAGAGAGAAUUAUAGAGGACUCCAUUUUUACGUUCUCAUGGCUGACAUUUGCAACGAAGUCUUUAAUUCUAGGGUUAAUUAAUUCCCUUCGUUUAGAUUGAGCUUUUGCUCACUACUCCAAAACCCUAGGAGAGAGAAAGUGUUGCAACUGAGGGACGCUUCUUAAUUGUCUCUGUGCUGUUCUUUAGCUUCCCAAUUCAGGCAUUUGUUAGGUUUCUGUUACAAUGGGAGGGGAGAGCUUGUAGCUACUGUGGAGGAAUGCAUGGAUGUGAUUCAGGGUAUACUCUCCUAGUAAAUGCUGAGGUUGAUUCCAUGGGAGGGGUUGUUGAUGGCGGAGUUGGAAUUGGAAUCAAGACCUCUCCGCGUCGAGCAGCAAUUGAGAGAGCUCAGGCAGAGCUCAGACAGGAGUAUGACAUUCGCGAGGAGAGGAGAAGAGAGCUAGAAUUUCUUGAGAAAGGUGGCAAUCCAUUAGACUUUAAAUUUGGGAGUGCAGCUUCUGUUAGUGUACAGUCUACCUCUUUAACUGAUCAUCACAUAGAACAUUUUGUGACUAGUGAAGCAAAAGGUAGUUUUGCACUGACUGCAUCACCUCAUGGGGACUCUGUGGAAAGUAGUGGCAGACCAGGGGCUCCCACAGUUUGCGAACCCAAUAGUGCUGAUAAUUUUGGUGAAAAUCAGAUUCUUGAAGGGAAAAGGAACCCUAAACAUCCCAGUAGGAGGACUCAUAUUGCUCCAUCAGAGCAGUCUUCCCAGAUGGAUGGGACUCAAAAUGCCAAGGAAUCAGAAGAUUCUGCUAUUGUUCGCCCAUAUGCUAGAAGGAACAGGUCCAGACCUAAUCGUGAUGGGGCUCGAUCCAGCUCAACUGACAUAAUUCAGAGUUCUGGCGGAUAUGGAUCUUUUUUCAAGGUUCAUGGGGGUCUGAGGGAGGUAAAGGGGUCAAUAUCUGAAGCAAUCAAUCGGAAGGACCAGAUUAUUCCUUCUGUUUCUUACCCCAAGUCCACCACUUCAAAUGGUGAUGUGAUUUCUCGGAUACAGAUUGCAAAUCCUCAGUCAAACACAGAGCUGGAUGGUGCUGUAGCUCGGGAAGCAACAACCAGCCUGCCUAAAGGUAGUAGGUUGGAUGACUCUGAGAUUGACAUCUCAAAGCAUAACCAACAUGAUAAACCAUCAGAAGUUGAUGCUAAGAAAAUGUCCAUUGGCAUGGCUUCUGUAGAGUGCAACAGUAUUGGAGAAAAAGAAAUGGUAAUUUCAGCUGCACCUGAAUAUCCACCUGGUGCAGCUGCAGCAAAAACUGAGAAUGAAAAUGGUUCUUCUCGGUCAAAUGGCUUUGGUGAUCUGAAAAGAGAUAGAAAUGAAGGUCAAAAUGACAGUGGUGGAAUAGGGACUAAGGGAUUGGAUUCAGAAUCCUCCUGCACUCAGAAUAGCCUAUGCUUGGAUGUAAAUAAUGAGAGUGAUUUUCGUACUAAUGGAAGAAACAGUGAUAUUAAUGGAAUUUCUUUGAAACGAACACCAGAAUCUGAAGGAACACAAAAUCCAGUGGCUGGUGAAAUGGGAAAUAAAAGUAAUGAAAUCAAGGCUAUGGACAGCAGUGUUGUCAUCAAGGAUGAUGACAGUGUUGUUAAUCAAAAUAACCCUGGUAAUGGCCUUGUACUUGAGAUGGAUGAAGAAAUACAGGGAAGAUCUGAUUUGAAAAAUGAUUUGAAAUGUCCUAACCUCGUGGGAGUAGAGCAGAAUGACCUUGCUGCAUCUGAAGCUGAUAAAAAAUUAUAUGUUGUGUUGGAUAGUGAUUCCAAUCUUAACAAUGAAAUCAUAUGCCCUGGUGGGCCUCAGGGUCCUGUGGAUGUAUCUAUUCAAGAGUUACCUGAAUCUACUUUGUCAGAGAAACAUUCUUCUGCAGCUCUUGACCCUCAGUCUUGUUCUGGUAGUCACUUAAUAGUUGUAGACAAGGCUAAUGAGGAUUCAAUCUUGGAAGAGGCACGGAUUAUAGAGGCCAAACGUAAGAGGAUCGCAGAGUUAUCUGUUGGAAUUGUACCCUUGGAAAGCUGCAAAAAAUCUCAUUGGGAUUUUGUGCUUGAAGAAAUGAUGUGGUUAGCAAAUGAUUUCGCACAGGAGCGUCUAUGGAAAAUGACUGCUGCCGCUCAAAUAUGCCACCAGGUUGCUUUUACCUCUCGGGUGAGAGUUGAAGAACAGAAUCAACACUGGAAGCUGAAAAAAGUUGCUUAUACUUUAGCAGAGGCUGUCAUGCAAUUCUGGCAUUCAGCAGAGAUGCUUUUAAAUAAAGAUGGACAGAGUUCUAGUUUGACAUACUGCAUGCAGGAUUCAAGGAGGAUUUAUGGGAAUGAAUUUUCUAAAGACAAGUUCAAAGAACUUGAUAAGGAGGCAUGCAAAGAGUUAGGGAUACAAAAUCCUGGAAAGAAGUUGGCAUGUCUGAUUCAGGGAUAUGCUGUAAGAUUUUUGAAAUGUAAUAGUGCUGCAGUUCCUUCCCUUCAAGCAGAUGCACCAGCAACACCUGAUAGAAUAGCCGAUUCUGGCAUUAUUCAAACUUCAUGGGAAGAUCACCUGACAGAAGAAAGCCUAUUCUAUGCAGUCCCCUCAGGUGCAAUGGAGACCUACAGAUCCUCCAUUGAAUCUCAUUUGGUGCAGUGUGAGAAGACUGGCACUAGCAUGCAAGAGGAAGUUGAUACAUCAACCUAUGAUGCUGGUACAGUGUUUGGAUAUCAUGAGAAUGCAUAUAAUGAAGAGGAAGGAGAAACAAGCACAUAUUAUUUGCAAGGAGUAUUUGAAGGUAGCAAGUCAAAGCAUGACCAGAAGAAAAGGAAAAACUCUAUGAAAUUGGGAUGUCAUCUGCCUUAUGGAUUCUGCACAACUGGGUCUCAACCAAAUACGUCGAUGGGAAAAAGGCCUGCCAAUAAUCUUCAUGUUGGUCCAAUAAUAAAACGUGUCCGCUCUGUUGCUUACAGGCAGAGGUUUAUAAGUCCUUUUAAUGCUGGAGUUGCUGGAGGUCUGCAGACUCUAGCAAAGGCAGAUGCUUCCAGUGGAGAUACUAGUUCUUUUCAGGAUGACCAGAGUACAUUGAAUGGUGGAUCCCAAAUCCAGAAGAGUGUGGAGGUCGAGUCAGCUGGGGACUUUGAAAAGCAGUUACCAUAUGACUAUGCGGAGACAUCAAUAAAACCAAAAAAGAAGAAGAUUAAACAUCAUAUGGGUCCCAAUUAUGAGCAGGUUUGGCAGCUGGAUUCCACUGUUCAUAAUGAACAGAGGGGUAAUUCCAAGAAGAGGUUUGAUAGUAAUCAUUUUGACUCUAAUGGUGCCAGCGGUCUAUUGUAUGGGCAACAUAUUGCCAAGAAGCCAAAGAAACAGUCAAUGGAUGGUACUUUUGACAAUAUGGCUCCAAUGACCGGUUCUGUUCCUUCUCCUGCUGCUUCCCAAAUGAGUAAUAUGCCCAAAAUCAUAAAAUUCAUUGCUGGCCGUGACAGGGGCAGAAAACCUAAAUCCCUGAAGGUGCCUACUGGGCAGCUUGGUUUCGGAAGUCCAUGGUCACUUUUUGAAGAUCAGGCACUUGUUGUCCUUGCACAUGAUAUGGGUCCUAAUUGGGAGCUCGUAAGUGAUGCCAUCAACAGCACCCUUCAAUUUAAGUGCAUAUUCCGCAAGCCGAAAGAGUGCAAAGAACGUCAUAAAAUUUUAAUGGAUAAAGGUGCUGGUGAUGGGGCUGAUAGUGCUGAUGAUUUAGUGUCUUCUCAAUCUUAUCCAUCAACUUUGCCUGGCAUCCCGAAGGGCAGUGCCCGACAGUUAUUUCAACGUUUGCAAGGGCCAAUGGAGGAGGAGACUCUCAAGUCUCAUUUUGAAAAGAUUAUUAUGAUUGGAAAGAAGUACAUUUACAGGAAUCAGAAUGAUAACCAGGAUCCUAAACAAAUUGUAGCAGUUCACAGUUCUCACAUUCAUGCCCUUGACCAAGUACCCACAAACAAAAAUGGAGGUGCUUUGACGCCCCUUGAUCUCUGUGAUGCAACUGCAUCAAGCCCAGAUGUCCUUCCUGUUGGGUAUCAAAGUUCUCAUGCUAGUGGUCUACCCAUGCCAAAUCAAGGUGCUGUAGGAUCAAUGCUUUCUACUUCUGGGCUAAACUCCUCCCUUCAAGUAUCUUCUGGCGUGGUUCUUGGCAAUAAUUCUACGUCAUCUGUCCCACUCAAUGCGCCUAUCAGAGAUGGUAGAUGCAGUGUUCCAAGAACAUCUUUACCAGUUGAUGAGCAGCAGAGAAUGCAGCAUUACAAUCAAAUGCUGUCGAAUAGAAGUUUGCAGCAGUCUAACUUGCCCGUUUCUGGGGCUCUUUCUGGAGCUGAUCGUGGUGUUCGCAUGCUUCCAGGUGGAAACCCUGUCAGUGUGAUGUCUGGGAUGAGCAGAAGCAUGCAGCUCAUGAGGCCAGGCUUUCAGGGUGUGGCCUCAUCAUCAUCAAUGGUGAAUUCCAGUAGCAUGCUUUCCUCUAGUAUGGUUGGCAUGUCAACCCCUGUGAAUAUGCAGUCUGGAAGUAUUUCUGGUCAAGGGAAUUCAAUGAUGAGAUCCCGUGAGUCUUUGCAUCUGAUGCGGACUGGCCAUAACUCAGAGCAUCAAAGACAAAAUAUGGCACCAGAACUUCAUAUGCAAGGAAACAACCAAGGGGUUCCUGCUUUUAGUGGGUUGACUUCUACUUUUACUAAUCAGACGACCCCACCAGCUGUGCAGGCAUAUCCUGGCCAUCCCCAGCAGCAGCAUCAAAUGCCUUCACAACAAUCCCAUGUGAUGAGCAAUCCUCAUCAUCCUAAUCCUCAGGGUGCCAAUCAUACUACAGGACAGCAGCAAGCAUAUGCAAUCCGUUUUGCUAAAGAGAGGCAAAUGCAGCAGCGGCUUCUACAGCAACAGCAGUUCGCAUCAUCUGGUGCCUUGAUGACACAUGCCCAACCUCAGCCCCAACUCCCCAUAUCUUCAUCUAUGCAAAACAGUUCCCAGAUUCAGCCACAAACUUCAUCACAGCCAGUAUCACUUCCUCCAUUAACACCGUCUUCUCCGAUGACUCCUGUACAGCAGCAGCAGAAACAUGCCUUGACACAUCCUGGGAUCAGUCGGAACUCUCAAACUGUUGCCAGUGGGCUGAACAAUCAGAUGGGAAAACAGAAACCACGCCAGCCACAGCAGUUUCAACAGUCUGGCCGGAUCCAUCCUCAGCAACGCCAACACUCACAAUCUCCCCAGCAGGCUAAACUUUUGAAGGGAAUGGGAAGAGGAAAUAUGGUGGUGCAUCAGAGUGUUCCCAUUGAUCAUUCUCAUUUGAAUGGCCUUUCUGUGCCUUCAGGAAAUCAAAGUGCAGAGAAAGGGGAACAUAUCAUGCACUUGAUGCAAGGUCCAGGCUUAUAUUCAGGUAGUGGCUUGGGUUUGACACAACCAUCAAAACAAUUGAUUGCUUCUCAAUCCUCAAACCAGUCUCAGCCACAGCAAAAGCUAUUUUCUGGCUCAGCUCCACCUUCAUCAAAGCAAAUGCAGCAGAUGCCUUCUCAUUCUGAUAAUACCGCUCAAGGUCAUGUUCCAUCAGUGACCUCUGGUCAUGCCCAUUCUGCUGCUCAUCAAGCUCUUCCAGCAGCUAUUGUUACUUCCAACCAUCAACAUAUGCAGCCACAGCUGCACCAGAAGCAGACUGGUCAAGCUCAACCAACAGUUCAAAGAAUGCUUCAACAGAACCGUCUGUUGAAUUCUGAUCCGCCAACCAAGUCUCAAAUUGAUAAGAGUCAUACAGAACAGCAGCUGGCGAGCAAUGUUUUACAGAUGGGCACAAGUACAACCACAUCAAUUUCUCAGUCCUGUAAUGAUCAAACUAAUUUGGUUGUUUCUUCUGUUGCUUCUCAGUGUAAACUAUUUGAGCCAUCAUGUGAUUCUGCAAUGACAAAUCCAGCCUCUCAAGUUGGUUCUAUUAGGAGCCCACCGCUUACAAAUUCAGCUGGAAGUGACGCAGUGGUAUCUGUCAACCCGGGUUUAGGCCAGAGGCAGUUAUCUGGAGGCUUGCCUCAACAUGGGAGUGCUGGAGCACAGUGGCAGCAGCAGCCACAAUUAUCGCAAUCAACAACACAGCAACCACCACUACCACAACCACAACAUGAACAGCAGUCGCCUCGGCAACAGCACUCUCAGCAGCAAACACAGAAUCUUCAAUCAGCACAAGGAAGUCUGUAUAUGAUGUCCACCAAUCCUCCGCUGGAAUGAAGCAAUCUGACAGAUUGAACAGUUCCUGAAGCAGUCGGUGCUGCUAAGACAGUUUGCAUGCCCUUGUAGCAGCAAUGUACAGAUGAGGCUGACCACUCCACGAGGGCAUUGCAAAAAGGGAAAGAGGUGGUGAUUUUUAUUUGCAGAUUUUGUCCACAUUUACUGAAAUAUUUCAACAGGCCAAAUUUUUUUAUUUCCCUUUUUU